AUGCACGUGAAGGGCUCGCCGACGUCGGACGUCUCCCCCCCGCGCACCCCGCAUACCUGCGAGGCCUUAACCGCCGUUGUGCGCGUCAGGUUCCUCAAGUCCGGCGUCGGGGGGUCGCCCACCUCGGUGCUGCCCGGCGCCUGGCCCGACCAACAAAAGUACGUCUCCAUCGCGAAGGUUCCAGCGGUCUGCAUCACUCUGGUGGAGUGCUCGCUGCAGCAGGCGCGCCAGCACUCCACCAUUCUGCUGGCGGAUGACCCGCAGGCCUUCCUCUUCACCACCCACCGUGGGCAGGAGCCAAACUUGCAGCGCCUGGCCGCCGACCUGCGUGAGAGGCUUGAUCAGGCAUACUCGCUGGGGUGUGGCAUUGCGGCCGAGGUGGAGCUCCUGGGGUCCACCCAUGACAGUACCUGGGCCAUUGAGUCCAGCGGGCAGAACUGGUGA